AUGAUAUGUGAAACGGAGAUUCUGGACAAGUUGGCACAAGAAAUAUUUACUGUGAAAGCCUACCCUGACAAACAUGAGUUCGAGUCUGUUGCUGCUGAACUUGUCAACAAACAUCCCUGCCUCAAAGAGCCUGGUGGUGGUACUGGAUAUGCGGGAUGGACAACCAGCAUAAAGUACAAGAUUGGGAACUACAGAUCAAAACCACGUCAAGCUGGAUGUAAUGAGGUUGGUGUCAACAGGAGAACAAGAAGAGAGGUGGUGGAUGAUCAUGGUGUCAACAGGCGAAGAAGAGAUGAUGAUGGGGAUGGUGGUCCGGAGGGAAGGUUUUCUUUGAAAAAACCAAAGCGAGGUGAGGUCAACCAUGUACCAGAUCAUCCUGAAAGCUACACUGAGGAGGACUUGGAAGACCUGAGGUCUUCCCUGGUUGAAGCCAUGAAGAAGAAAAACAAGGACAUGGAGUUCAUCAGCCAGAAGAUGGACAUCACAUUCUCCUUUAGGAGAAUGGAGAUUGUAGAGAUGGAACCCAUGGUCUCAGAGGUUCUGGAGAGGUGGUCCGGUCUAUUUCUUGAAGAACAGAUUUGUCAAGAGUUCACUCGUGUGACCACCAAGGACCUGAUGGGAACAUUUAAAACUGCCCUUGAGAUGUUCACCCCUCGUCUGCUGAAAUUAUAUCGUGCCAGGAAGGGCGCCUUUAGUUGAGAGAUGGAAACCCUUUUGGAAAUGCUUGACAAACAGACAUCUGACAUCACAAGUCAUCGCAGACAGGCAGCUGUGGAAGGUCUUCCCAUAUUUCUGCGGGAGAAUACUGAGAAGCUUUUCUCUAGAUGCUUGGCAACUGAUUUAGAUGACGAGCAGACGAAAGGCAUCAAGAUGGGUGUCCUCACAGUGCUUGAUGAUGAUGACGCAGUCAUUAAUAUUGCCCUCGUGUUGGAGGAAACCAUUGUCCUGAAAGAUAUCCCAGACACCCCGACUGCGCUUGCGUAUCUUUUUGGCCUGCUUUAUGCCCUCAACAUGGAGUUCCCAAAAGACAUCAGGUAUACCUUUGAAACUAUCCAGCACAUUUUCAUGGAAAUGUCCACCAAUUGCUCACAGCGUGUCCGGAGCUUCAAGACCAAGCUGUUAAACCAGUGAUUCAUUUUCCAUGGGGAAGAUUUCUUUUAUCAUGUCUGUUCAUUUAUUAUGUUUGGAUAUUCUUCACAUAGACCACCGUAUAAUUUUUAUGUUCCUUUUGAUUUCCCCAACUUAUUGACAUGUGCCUUAUUUGCUCUGGACACAAGAGCUUUAUUUUGACGAAAAACAAAUCUUUUAUUUGUAGCUGUCAUAACUGUCAACAGACUUCAAUAUUGAUUGUUCAGUAGAAGUUGUGUUUCACCAUUACUGUUGAAGCCUGCAUGUUUGCAUGUUUGGCUUUGUUUAAAGUGUGGUUCAGAUAAUAUGCCAUUUUCAGCUGUGGAUUUACACACUUGUGAAUACUUAGGCACUUAACCAUUUACCUGUCAUCUUUGGCAAUAUUGCAUUAUUUGUAAGGUCUCAACAGGAGUCGGAAAGUAAAAAAAACAAAAACUGCCCAUAUACUGAAACCUGAUUUGCUUUGGGCAUAAGAUUACUUGUUUACAUUGUGGAAUUGUAAAGCUGUUUCUGCCAAAGUGGUUCAAAUAAACAUGCAUAAAUUAA